UUUCCUUCAAGUGGAUAUCAGUAUCCAAACUCUAUAUUCUCGUUUCGAGCGCGUUACAUUUUUUUUUGAGGAACUUUACUGUCUUGAUUUAUAUUCCUUGAUUUUGUUUUUUUGUUUGUUGGUUCUUUUUCGGUUGUGGUAUAUAUAUCAGAUUGUUUAUUGGAGGAUUUGGAAUUCUUUUAUUUCGUCAUUCGUCUUAUCUUUUUUGUUUGCUUCGCUUUUUCAUCUGAUAUUGAACCAAGGAGUUCGGACGAAGGAAGAUAGACCCAGGUAGUCAUGUAUUCGUAUUCGUCAUGGUCGAGGUUGGUGCUGCUGGCCAGCUUGUUGGGAACGAUGGAUGCGUAUCCUACACAAUUGUUUCUUGGGAGUAGUUCUCAGCAAUCUCUCUCACUCUACACCCACCAACAACAAUCAUCACCACAACUACUACCCCAAACCCCCCGCACCCUCUACACAACCGCAUCUUUCUCCUCUCCAAAUCUCCACUCCUCCCGCUCCGGAACCAUAAACGUCCUUCAGCCCGUUUCCCACUCUUCCUUUUCUUCAUCACCCCUCUCCAUCCCCUUCACUCUCACAUCCACCUGUCCCAACUUGCACCUCGAUUGGACCUGUCUCACCACCGAUCUCCUCUCCAAUCUCCUCCUCCUCUACCCUUCCGGUCCAACCUCUAGUCCCUACUACACAUUUUCUUCGGGGACUCCCGCAUCAGACUCUUCCUCUUCCUCUUCCCCAUCAAAAGACACCUACAGCAUCUCCUCCUCCCUUCUCCUCCCCACCCAAACCAAAGGAACAGAAUUCAAAUCUUCCCUCUACAUCUCCAUCACCCCCGCUUCUCGCGCAGGCGUCGCAGGGAUAUCAAAAUCGGAAUGGAGAAGUUUUAUCGGGUUAUUGCAUGGAGUUAACCAUGAAUUGGAGACUGAAAUGAAGGGAGUGGGAUGGGGAAGUUUAGAGAUGGAGGGGGAAUUUCCAUGGCUGAAGACUUCUUCUUCUGAGAAGAAGGGGCGUGGGAAUAGAGGGGUGAGAAGAGAGAGGUUGGGACCUUCGGAUAUUGUUUUUCCUUCUUCGUCUUCGUCUUCCGAGGAGAAAGAAGUGGAAAAACCAGCGUAUAUGCGUGAAGUGGUUAGAAAUUGGGAAGGAGAGAAAGAGGGGUUGAAAGAGAAGAUAAAGGAAAAAGAAAACGAAGAAGAAGAAACCUCCUUCUCAUAUAAAAUCACAUGGGUAUACUACGGGAUAACAAGAGAUGAGAAUGGGAAGGAGAUAUUGCGAGAAUGUGCGCAGAUGCCGGAGGGAGUGGAGAUGGAUUUCGAGAGUGAAGAGUCUUUCGGCGAGGAGAAAGAAGAAGAUUUAAAAGAGGAUUCGGAUGUGGUGCAAGGGGAAGAGGAAGAAGAAGAGCAGAUAUGGAAAAUCGAUUUGUAGCAUUCUAUUACGGUCUUAUCUGAGAGAUGACUGGAUGCGAUAAAUGAGAUCUCGAGGGAGAUUCGAGAAACGAGUAUGGUGUACUUAUUGCUGGAUUUGUUAUAUAUCUAACUGAGGAUUGAUAUGUAUUAUGUAGGUCAUGAAUAAAAGGAAUAAAAGAAUAUAUCAUAAGCUGUCUUGAUCAUGAUGUGUAUGAUAAGUAUAUUAAAUGGGAAUAUGGCGUG